GCUUCUUGUCAUCUUGUGAGAAAAGGACAAAUUCCUCUAGGGCAGUCGAUCAAAUCUCAGAAUCUCUUCUUUCCCAACCACGAAGCCCUAACCCAUACCGCAACAAAAAUGUAUCCUGUCUGAAUCUCUGCAGCGAUGACUCACAAACCUUCCCUGAAUUCACGCCAUGCCUUAGAGUCAUGCACUUUCCAGCUCCAUAGCUGGAGGCCCUUUCAGUCCCAAACCCUUCCCAAAACACUUGAACAAGAACUCUCCGCUCCCAAACCUUACUCCACUCCCACCGCUGUAACCACCCCUCCCAAUGGCGUCCUUCAUAGCAAGAGGCCUUGCCUUUCUGACCGCACCACCAGUUUCUCGAUCGAUAGCAUAGAUCUGUCCAAACUGAGUUUGAUGGAAGAUGAGAGGACACCCAGGGCUCUUUACAAGAGAAACAGCUUACGCUGGAUCGCCCGGAAGCGGAGGCGGCGCGGCUCUCGAUCUGUCUCCGGACGGAGUAGCGACAAGAGUGGGACCCGUCGAUGCUGCUCGGUUGGGGCGUCCGCUGCUCAUGCGACGUGCUCUGACUUCCCGGUUGCUGCGGGUACGGAUUCGAGUGGGGAAUUGUUUGUGCAUAAUGGUGAUGGUAGUUGGACGUCGGAUGUUAGUGAGGCUAAUAAGCAUUGUAGAAGGGAUGGAAAGGAUAUUGGGAGUGGGGAAAGGGAGAAUUUGGGUUCUGGGUCCUUUCAAGCUGGGGUUUUUGAUUCUCAAGGUAACGAAUCCGGUUAUGGGAGUGAACCCGGUUACAGAGGGGAUGCGGAAUUCGGCUACGGUGAUGAGUUUGACGAGGAAGAGGAUGACGGGCGCCUGGUGUUCUGGGGCGAUCGGUUUGGAGAUUGUCAUAUGGAGGUCGUUGGGGAGAACACAUUUUCAGACCAAAAAGCUCAUCACAGGUGUAGGCGUAAGAAGCACGAUUGGAGAAUGACUGAACCGAUAAGGUGAUCAAUAUUUCUCCAAAGUACUUGACUUCAUUGUUAUAUUAUCAAGUAUUUGCUGUUCAUUCAGCCGAAAUUAUUGGUUUCCAGCCUUUGUCACUUCAUUGGGCAUAUAUGUGAGUUUCUACAAUGUCUUCUUUCAUUGAUGUGGCAUUUUGGCAUUGCCGCCUUUCUGUUCUUUUCUGUGAACAUUGUAUAGCGCUUCAACUACAUACACUUCUGUACAUUUUGGACUAGAAAAAGAGAGAAUUAUAUUUUAAA